AUGAGUAUGCCAUCUUUCGAGCCGGGUCCGGAGCAUUUCCAGCAGUUCCCAUCGAAUAGAAUUAUCGUUAUCCACCCUGGAUCACUAUAUGUUCGUAUAGGAAGAGCUUCAGACCUCAUACCAGUGAAACAACUGCACUGCAUAGCAAGAAAACGUCGUCCAGGAGGAAAGAUCUACCGUGAUUCCUUCAUCCCUCCAAGUGUGCCAAAAACUAAGGAAUUGAUAGAGGAAUUAGAAGAAUGUCGUCUACAAAUAUCUCACACGUUGCAGUCAUGUGUACAGUCGAACGGAGCACGAAGGUACGCGACGCCACCGCAGCAAAUCGCAGCUUUCAACCGUCGCUCUUUACCAGAAUGUGUUAAUGAUGGAGAUCCCUGGCCACAAGUUCAGUGUGACAUUGUGAUCGGUGACUUAGUACUCGACAUAGACCCUGAGCUACCCUACAAUAUCCACUUUCCAUACCGCAGAGGUGAUUUCAACAUACAUUCUGAAGUGGGAGGCUCUAUCUCUUCAGUUCUCAAUGACCUGUACACUAUAUGGAGCUCUAUUAUAGAGUACAAGCUAGGCAUACCUCUAAUAGAACUAGUAAAGUACAGAUGUGUACUGCUUAUACCUGAUUUAUACUCCAGGAGCCAUCUAAAGUAUUUAAUGCUGUUGUUAUUGAAGGACUUGGGUUUUGGACAUUGCUUCUUUGUACAGGAGAGUGUUGGAGCCACAUUCGGAGCUGGUAUAGGAUCUGCAUGUGUGGUGGACAUUGGAGACCAGAAAACUGCCAUAUCUUGCGUUGAAGACGGGAUCUCACAUAAGACAACUAGAUUGAGAAUGGACUAUGGCGCAGGAGAUGUCUGUCAAGCUCUAUCAUGGAUGUUCCACAAGAGUGCAUUCCCUUACAAGAAUUGGAAUGAGAACAUACCUAGAGAUGUGAUACUCAUGAGGAAUUUAUAUGAGAACUUCUGCCAUGUGAACCUGGAUGUGUGUGGGCCUCAAGAGAAAUCAUUUCUAGUAGACCAUCCUGGUGAUGUAGUAAAUAAGUACACGCUGCAAGUUGGAGAUGAGUGCAUAAUAUCACCAUUAUCAAUGUUCUACACAGAUUUACUGAAGAUCACUGGCUCUAAAUCUACCAAGAUACAGAAUAGACAGCCAAGUGACCCUGAAGAUCCUUUUGAUGCAGAGUUUUUAAGAGAGACUGGGAGGAAGAGGGAAACUGUGGAUCCUUCGGCCAAUGAGAGCCAGCAGUUUGAAGCGACUAGUGAAGCUCAACCUACUGCUAAUGCAGAUGAGGAUAUAGUUGUGGACACUCUUGAAGGCGGUCCGAGUGAUGUAGUUUCGUUAGCACCUGGACAGGUGCUGGCGCUUGAUGCCGCAAUACUGCAAAGUAUAGACCGCUGUCCAAAUGAGGAGUUGAAACGGAAGAUGUACAGCAACAUAUUGAUAGUAGGAGGCGGAGUUAAAGCCCAUGGCUUGAACUUGUGGCUUCAGAACAGGCUAGCCUUGCAGAUUCCAUACACAUAUAAGACUGAACAGUUGGAAAUAGUGACUUCUCCUAAAGACAUUGAUCCAGCCAGUACUGUAUGGAAGGGGGCGGCAGUGAUGUCGUGUUUGGAAUCUGCUAUAGAGUUGUGGAUCAACCAGAGUGAAUGGAACAGAUUUGGUUUAAGGAUACUUAGAGAACGCGCGCCAUUUAUUUGGUGA